AUUCUCUCUUUCUUUCUUUCUUUCACUUCUUUUAUCUUUAAAAUGCUGAGAGCACAUCUGAGACGUAGUCUACAAAAUGUAGCUUUAUUAUCUCAAAGAAGGUCUUUUGCAGCUACUACAAAGCUUCUGAAUAAUGCUUCAGUCAAUGUGGCUCAAACAACUAGUGAUGAACCUGGCCGUUCCAAUAAAUCAUUAUGGGGCUCAACCGAUCGAUUCACAAAUGAAUUGAAAUUUAUGCAGCAGAUCGAGUCUUUGAAGGCUUAUCGAGUCAUGGAUCAUACCGGCACUGUCUUGGAUCCGGAACACGAUCCCAAUCUUCCAAGAGAAGAAGUCCUUAAAUGCUACAAGAGUAUGGUUCUACUUCAUACAAUGGAUGGUAUUCUGUAUGAUGCUCAACGCCAGGGUCGUAUUAGUUUUUACAUGACACACUAUGGUGAAGAAGCCAUGAUUGGAACAGCUGCUGCUUUAAAGCCUGAAGAUGUUGUAUUUGGACAGUAUCGAGAAGCCUUUAUGCUGGUCUAUCGUGGUUUCACACUUGAUGAGUUCCUUAAUCAAUGUUUCUCAAAUGAAUUAGAUUAUGGAAAAGGACGACAAAUGCCUGUCCACUAUGGUUCCAAGAAAUUGAACUUUCAGACAAUCUCUUCUCCACUUGGCACACAGAUCCCUCAAGCAUCAGGCGCUGCAUACGCAUUAAAGCUUUCCGGGGCCAAUGCUUGUACAUUGUGUUUCUUUGGUGAAGGUGCUGCAUCCGAAGGUGAUUUCCAUGCUGGUUUGAAUAUGGCUGCAACCUUAAAAUGCCCUACCAUCUUUUUCUGCCGUAACAAUGGCUUUGCUAUUUCAACACCAUCCUCUGAGCAAUACAAAGGUGACGGUAUCGCCAGUCGUGGUAUCGGCUACGGUAUCGAUACUAUUCGCGUGGAUGGUAAUGAUAUUUGGGCCAUUUAUAAUGCCACAAAAGUAGCCAGAGAGAUUGCUGUCAAGGAGCAGAGACCUGUUCUGAUUGAAGCAAUGACUUAUCGUAUUGGUCAUCACAGUACUUCUGAUGAUUCUACCAAAUAUCGUGAUAGAAAAGAGGUUGAAGAACGAGCACAGUUUGACAACCCUAUCACUCGAUUACGAAGAUACAUUGAAGCCAAGAACUGGUGGAGCCCACAAGAAGAGGAAGAGUAUCGCAAGUCAGUAAAAAAGGAAAUUUUGAAAGCAUUUAGUGCUGCAGAAAAGAGAAAGAAGCCUGCUAUUAAGCAUCUAUUUACUGAUGUUUAUGAUGACUUAACACCCAACUUGGUUAGACAACAGAAUGAAUUGAAUGAGCUUAUAAAGAAAUACCCAGAAUAUUAUAAUACAGAUGAUUUCGCUUCAUCAUAAUCUUUGUCAUCCUAUUUAUACAAGUUUGGUUUACAUGUUUAUAUUUUAAAAAAUAAAAAAGAAUCUAUUGUCUACACAAACAU